GAAAAAAAGAAAGAAGGAAAGAAAGAAUUAAGAGAGAGAUCAGUCUGUGAGUGUGAGUGUGAGUGUGAGAGUGAGUCUGUGUUGGGGGCCGCCGGUGGUAAAUAGUAAGCAUGUCCCCUAUUGUACAGGGAGGGGGCCACCAUGUGAAUUAUCCUCUCAAAAAACCACCGGUUCAUCACCACCACCUCUACUACCACCGCCACCAACACCACCUUCUCUGCCAUUACCCUCUUGACAAAAAUAAAAAAUAAGUAAAUAACAAUAUUACCCAUUCAUUCAUCUAUCCCUUUUAACGUCCCAUCAUUUCUCUCUCUCUCUCUCUCUCUCUCUCUUUCUCUUUCUCUUUCUUCUCUUCUCCAUGAAACCCUCUCCUUCUCACAAAUAAAGAAAGAAAGAAAGAAAGGAACACAAAAAAACAACAUAAUCUUCUACCCGUGAAAAGAUCCACACCAAUCGACAAGCAAGAAAGCAAGCCAGCAAGAAUCCCUCUUCCACUUUGAAACUCUUGAACAAGAAGAAGAACCGGAUAGUCUUUUAAAAGGGAAAGGGUAAGUAUAAACUGAUCAGGAAAAUAGGGUGAAACUAACAUCAGAUCGUCAUUAUGGACUCGUCUUCACCGCCUGAACUGAAUAGUGGAGAACCGAGUCCAUCGACAGUAGUAAUAGGAGUAUCAUCAUCGACAGCAGCACCAUCCCAGUCAUCACAACCAGAAGGGUCAUCACUUCAAGCUCCACCUAGCCGGUAUGAGUCGCAAAAGAGGCGAGACUGGAACACCUUCUUGCAAUACUUAAAGAACCAUAAGCCUCCAUUAACUCUUGCUCGUUGCAGCGGUGCACAUGUUAUCGAGUUCUUGAAAUAUCUAGAUCAAUUUGGCAAGACUAAAGUACACAUAACGGGUUGUCCCUAUUUUGGACAUCCCAAUCCGCCUGCGCCCUGUGCUUGUCCUCUUAAGCAGGCUUGGGGCAGCCUUGAUGCGUUAAUCGGAAGGCUGAGAGCGGCUUAUGAAGAGAGCGGAGGACGCCCAGAAUCUAACCCGUUUGGAGCAAGGGCUGUGAGGAUUUAUCUAAGGGAAGUGAAAGAAGGGCAGGCUAAAGCUAGAGGGAUUCCGUAUGAGAAGAAGAAGAGAAAAAGGCCUGCUGCUAUUGUUACUUCUGCCAAUGUUUCGGUGGCUGUUGAGGCAGUUGGUGGCGGUGGCGGCGGCGGCGGUGGAGAUGGAAAGACUGGUAGUAGUAGUGGCGGUGAAACUAAUCUUGCUGCUAGUAAUACUUCUGCUGCUGCUGCUACCCCUGCUACUACUACAGCCGUAUAGUUUUUUACUUCCAUAAUCAUUUUCUCAUUUGUCUAAAUUGUGAUUAUGAGCUUUACAUAUAUUUUAUUUAUAUAUAAUCUGGCAGUUCUCUUACAAUUUGGAUCGAACCAUUGGUUGAACAUAAUUUUGCUAGAAAAUUAUAAUCUUAGCUAGAAAUGCUUUUUCUCUU